AUGAAGCUAAACGAACAGGAGGGCCGGCAAGGGGGUGGCAACGAGUGCUCGUGUAGUGGACCCAUGUACCUCCUUCCUCCCGGUUGCCGAGUCGCUGGGCUGACUGGGUCGUCCGAGUUUCUCUGGGCCCGACUUCGGCCAACCUGUGAAGAGGUUCCAAGUCCUGCAAAGCCCGCCCAGCGACGUAGAUCAGACCGGAUCUGGCUCACGAGACUGGAGCCAUCGUGGGUCGCAACAAGACGAGACAAAAUUGUCGCCGAUAGUCUACAAACGAGCUACUUAUGA